AUGGGAUACCAUUUUGUCAGCAGGUACCAUAAGGCGGGGACCUGAUGGUCGGAAGGCAUUUAAAGGCUUAGGAUACAAGCAAUCCUCAGUUGAGGGACCAUGGACGUCUUACUGCUUUCUCUCCUGUUCUUGUGCUCAACAGGCGUACAAGGUGCAAUAUACGAACAGUUCGAGGAGCUACUGACCCUCGAUUUUGAUUACAUCGUUGUUGGAGGCGGAACAGCAGGAAACGUCCUCGCAAAUCGUCUAACAGAAGAUCCCGACAUCUCAGUGCUCGUCCUCGAAGCAGGUGGAUCAACAUCAGAUGUACUCCUCUCCCAAGUACCCUUCUUCUGCCCUGAGGUAACACCCGAAACGUCGUUAGACUGGAAUUACACCACAACCGCACAACCUGGGCUGAAUGGACGUUCAAUCUCGUUUCCUCGAGGGUACGGAUUGGGAGGAAGUAGUGCCGUCAAUUAUUUGUUAUACACCCGCGGUUCAUCACAGGAUUAUGACCGCUAUGCCCAGAUCAGCGGUGACCCUGGUUGGGGAUGGGAGGCUCUGCAGCCGUACUUUCGCAAGAACGAGCGCUUCGUUGUCCCUGCUGACUACCACAAGACAUCCGAAGAAUACGAUCCGGAAGUCCAUGGCUUUGACGGUGUCAACUCUGUAUCUCUCCCGGGAUACCCACGCGGAACGGACGGCCGCGUCAUCCAGGCGACAGAGGAGCUAGCCGAUGAGUUCCCAUUCAAUCUAGAUUAUAAUUCCGGAUAUCAGCUUGGCAUUGGUUGGACACCAGCAACUAUUGGAAACGGAACUCGAAGCAGUUCUCAAACGUCCUAUCUCGGACCUCAGUACAUCGGCCGGCCGAAUCUGCACGUCCUGAUCCACGCCCAUGUGACUCGAAUUCUUCCCUCGAAUACCAGAACCAGCACCGUGCCUACGUUCAAUUCCGUCGAGUUUACCCAAGACUAUGGAGAAACAACGCACAUCCUCACACCCCCAAACCUCAAAGAAAUCAUCCUCUCCGCAGGGUCCAUCGGUUCUCCCCACAUCCUCCUCAACUCAGGCAUCGGCUCCCGCCCCUCCCUCGCCGCCCUAGGGAUCCGACCCAUCCUCCACCUCCCCGACGUAGGAAAGAACCUCACCGACCACCCAUGGUUUGCCAUUAACUUCCUCGUCAACAGCACAGACACUUUGGAGAAUGUGUAUUUCCGAAACGCGACUUUUCAGGUGGAGGCUCUGGCGGAGUGGCAAGUGAACCGAACGGGGUUCUUGGCGGGGAGUGUGGCUAGCCAGGUGGGGUUCUUAAGGAUUCCGAGUGAGGAGGGUGUGGUGGAGGGAGAACCGUGUGCGGGGAAUGAGACAGGGCAUUAUGAGUUGCUCUUUUCGAAUGGUCUAAUUCGAGGACCUGUUCCGGACACAGGAAACUAUUUCUCAAUAACAACUGUCGUUCUAUGCCCACUAUCACGCGGAAGCGUAAGCAUCAACAGCACCAACCCCCUCCAACCCCCCUUAAUCAACCCAAACUACCUCGCCCACCAACAAGACCUAGCCACAAUGCAACACGCCAUCACCCGCGCCCAGAAAUUCCUCACUGCCCCCGUAUGGGAGGACUACAUCCUCGGUAUUGCAACUAACACCACCGAAGAUGAUAUCAGGAAUAGCGUAGGGAGUAUUUUCCACCCUAUAGGUACGGCAAGCAUGUCGCCUCCCGACGCAGACUGGGGCGUGGUCGACCCGGAUUUGAAGUUGAAGGGGGUGAGGGGGGUGAGGGUUGUCGAUGCGUCUGUUUUGCCAUUUCUGCCGGCAGCGCAUACUCAGGUAGCGGUGUACGUUAUAGCUGAGAGGGCGGCGGAUCUCAUUCGGAAGGGAUAGUCGCCGAUAGAGGGAAAUGCAGCAUGUACUAUUCGACAUGUCGUACCUCAUCGUCAGCCCUUGCAGCCUUUAUAGCUCAUUAGAGUCCUUAACUGAAAGAAAGAAGCAUCCCAUGUCAGUUGCGUUAGGCUCCGGAUUCAUGGACUUGUUCAGGUUGUUCCCGAGUUUCACCAAAGAUUUUCUCUACUCCUAAUUUUAUCAGCGAACAUGAACGUGAUAUGUUUAGACAGACAGGGCGCGAUCCCUGGUUACCCCCUAUCGUCAGUCUAAUUCUUCCGCAGAAAGGCCCCCCAACUGG